GCCUUACAAAAUCUACGAUUGACGGCCAUUUUAUCGAGUGUUGCAGCUUAGUUGAACGUACACCUUCCGAGACUAAGGUGCGUCUCGCACGCGUUCCCUUCUAGCCAUGUGCCAUCACCGUUUUACCGUCCGGCGCUUCAUUGCACUGCUAGUGCUGUACUGCUGCCUAGAGGCCGCUUGCACCGAACGAGUCGCACCGCCUACGGAGAGCGUUUUGGCUGACAUUUCUCCCCUCAAGGAAGCGUUACAGGGGCACGUGGAAAAGUUCAAAAAGUUGCGUGAUGAUCUGAAGGCGCUGCAAAACAGCAAGGACAGUAACAAUCCGCUCCAUUUCUUCCGCGAAACGAUGCGCAUCAUGGAGGGGUUAACGUCGCUGGGCAAGGAUUGGAAAACUAUCGAACGGCUGCAAAACAAUCCUAACCGAGAGUUUGAAACGCUGCUGGAAGAGAUGGAUCCAGUGUGUGGGCAGCGGUCACCCCGUACGCCCUUCUUCGAGAUUAAGCUGCGCUGCUCGUAUACCGAUUUGGGUGGCAAGCCGUACUACCGUAUCGGGCCGCUGAAGCAGGAGCAGCUGAAUCUUACACCAUUCACAGUGACGGUGUAUCGCGAUUUUCUAACGCCGAACGAGGUGAAGCGUGCCAACGAAACGCGCCAGAUCGACCCGAACGUUCGGCGACGGCUGCACACGAUCGUGCCAAAUUUGUUCAACGUGGCCGUGCGGGCAAUCAGCCAGAAGGGUUACAACGGCUCUAACGUGAAGCAUCGUGGCUACAGCAUGAUGGUCUAUCUGGAAUCGUACAUCAAUGCUGGCAUGACGCUGUUUCAGGGAGGUACCUUCACGGUGGCACCAACCAGUGGCAGUGUCCUGGUUUCUAGAGCGCACCCCUCAAUCUGUCCAUCUGGCAACUCUGUUAAUGUUAUUACAAAUUUUAAUGUUCUCUCUAAAAAGAAGUAACCUCGAUACGCUUGGAGGGGAAUAUUAGAUAAAAAUAAAAUCAUUAUAAUUACUCGAAUGGCGAGCUUUUGGGAUAAUAA